AUGAUAAAUGCGUCCGGCUUGCGGAUAAUGUAAGUUUUUUUAAAUGUUUUGGGUAAGGACAUUGUUGUUUUGACUUAUUUUAGGUAACAAUUUUACUAUCUGGGAUUUUUGGGUAACAAAAUAACUUUUUUUUUGGGUUUUUAGGUAACAAUAGUAAUUAUUUUGUGAUUUUAGGUAACAAGAUAACUUUUUUUUGGUUUUUAGGUAACAAUGGUAAUUAUUUUUUGAUCUUAGGUAUCAAAAUUACUGUUUUUUCAUUUUUUAGGUAACAAUACUAUUUUUUUUUGAUUUUUAGGUAACAAAACUACUUUUUUUGGAUUUUUAGGUAACAAUACUAUAUUUUUUUUUAAAUUUCAGGUAACAAUUUUAUUUUUUUGGGAUUUUUAGAUAACAAUAGUAAUUAUUUUGUGAUUUUUUAGGUAAUAAAACUAUUUUUUUUGAUUUUCGGGUAACAAUAGCAAUCGUUUUUUGGUUUUUAGGUAACAAAACUACUUUUUCUUAGAUUUUUAGGUAACAAAAUUACUGUUUUUUCAUUUUUUAGGUAACAAUACUAUUUUUUUUCAUUUUUAGGUAACAAUAGUAAAUAUUUUUCGAUUUUUAGGUAACAAAAUUACUUUUUUUUUGAUUUUAGGUAACACUUACAUUUUCCUCCUUUUUUAGGUAACAAUGUCUUCAGUAAUUCCUUUAUAGCCAAUAUAAACGCCAUUUCAGCCUCCACCUUACAAUAUUCACCAUCAUAACCCAACCAGCUCAAAACGAAGUCAUAGCCACGUUGAGGACGAUCGUACUACAUGAUUCGAAUGUAGGUGAAUGGAGACUGUACAAUCGAUGCAGUCAUGGGUUCGUCCAGCUCUUCUUGAACAAUGUCAAUGCUAUGGGAAAGUCGGAAAGCGAAUGUUUGAGUAGGUAUCAUAGUUAAUAUGCAAAUUCGUGCUUUUAGCUCGUUUUUUGGUACAAAAAACGGAAUGGGACGACAGUUUCGUACUCAAGCAGGUUCAUUCCAAACGAUACCUAUGUCUCAAUAGCAAGAUGGGCUUGAUCUCGAAGGUAUGUAUCUAUCCCUACCCUACCCUACCCUACCCUACCCUACCCUACCCUACCCUACCCUACCCUACCCUACCCUACCCUACCCUACCCUACCCUACCCUACCCUACCCUACCCUACCCUACCCUACCCUACCCUACCCUACCCUACCCUACCCUACCCUACCCUACCCUACCCUACCCUACCCUACCCUACCCUACCCUACCCUACCCUACCCUACCCUACCCUACCCUACCCUACCCUACCCUACCCUACCCUACCCUACCCUACCCUACCCUACCCUACCCUACUCUACCCUACCCUACCCUACCCUAAUCUACCUUACCCUACCCUACACUACGUCUACUCUUUCUCUUGUUCAUACUCUUACAAUCAUCUCUACUCAACCAUAGUCUUAUAGUAUCUUAUACUUAUGUAUUACUGUACUUGGAUCUACGUAUGUCUUACUGUAUCUUCUACGUAUGUCUUACUGUAUAUUCUACGUAUGUCUUACUGUACCUUCCACAUAUGUCUUACUGUAUCUUCUACACUACCGUACUCUUUUUUAUUUUUUUCCUAAUUACAUGCUUUAUCUGCAAUUUCCAGUCGAACCUCUCGUACCGUUGUCGAUUCAAGGAGCAUCUGCGCAAAUCCGGCUACUCCACAUUCGAAUCCAGGUGGAGGCGCGGCUAUUUUAUUGGAUUCGACACGGAAGGCCAGCCGCUUUGUUCUCGCAACUCGUCGCAAUGUUUCCAGUUCAUUAAGCUCGCCUCAUCGGCCAAUAAAGGCCCGAACAGGGACUGUCCAAGUGCUUACCGUCGGCGUGCGCAUCGUUUCGCCGUUCCCCAAAUCAACGAAAUCGAGUCGGCGUCGGCAUUCGACGUUUUGAAACAGACCUUCAUGCAAAAAGUGUUGUUGUAG